AACUUGCUUCAAAGGUUGCUAAACUUGAUUUCAACUUUUUGGGAACUUAAAUUUUACUCAAAAAUUCAUACCAAACAAACACACUACAAUACUACUAUGCAUGCUUGCUUUGUAAAAUGGUAUAAUAUCAUAACACAUUUCACUUAUAAAUUCAUGUAAUGAAAAAAUACAAAGAGAUAAAGCUUCAAUACUCAUUUUUCUCAUUCUCACUUCUCAGACAUGGCAUGCUUUGAGAGAGGGUCUCCAGCUCUAAAGGAAAUCCUGCUUAAACUAUACCGUGCUCAAAAGCCCAUCGAGAUAGAUCAUCACUUGUAUGAAUUUGGGUCAGUGGAAUACCAUGUUCAGUGUUCAGUAUCAGAUCCACAGCUUACUUACUUGUCAAUAUCGACGCCGCUACUGUCCCAGGGAGUGUUACAAUCAUUUGGGCUUUCACAUUAUACCACACAGAUGGUAGAGGGAAUCUGUUCUGAUGUUGUGGAGAUUUUUGAACCUGCAAAACAAGGAUACCAACUUACUUUAAGACUUGACUUUUCCAAAAUUCCAAAUAAAAAAGAUUCUGAAAAGAUAAUUGAAAAGAUUUCGGCGGUGCAAGCAGUAAUAAUAAGUUCUCAGUUGAAGGAGAUGUUGCAGAAUGUCAACUCCCAGGAUUCAUAUCAAGGAAUGUACAAACCCAUAAAACUAAUAUAUCACCCAAGAGAACCUUUCUUUGUCAUUAAACAGCCACAGAAAAUCAUAGCAAUAUUCCCAAUGCGGUUCAAAGAAGAUUCCGAUGUGAUUAUUGCAACAGCAUUCUUUCAGGAACUCAUGGAUGUAGGUAGUUCCGAAAAAUGGGCAAAGGCACCUCCUUGUAACUGGUCACCAAUUCCUCCUCCAGAGUUAAGAGGAGAAACUUUUAAUGAUUUGAGCACCAAUGGAGGAUUUGUUUCUUUUGAUAUAUUUCCCCGUCACGUGGAGAGUAAACGACUAGACAAAACUGUUUGGAGCUUAUUGAACUUCUAUGCCUAUGUAAAAUAUCAUGUAAAGAGCACCAGAGGUUUUAUUCAAAGAAGAAUGAGAAAUCGAUUGGAAAGACUGGUUCAGGUCCUGCACACCCCGAGCUCAGGAGAAAUAGAAACCAAAACUAACAAGGUUAAAGAACGUAGGUUCAUGACAAGGCUGAUCAAAUUGACUAAAUCUAAUAUCAUCAAACGAAAAUGUGGAGCUCUCAGCAAGAAGUCAAGAGAAUCCGUUUCCGAAUUAAAAUUCAUGGAUUUGGACGCUUUCGACGACAAUGGUUGAAAUUGAAAAUGCCAAGCUUUUCUUCUUCAAAGGGAUAUACCAAAUUAGAAUAGUUUAUAUUUUGCAUUACUAAAUGUAAAUUCUAGAUUGAACUUGAAACUAGGAUCCUAAGAAGAGCAUCUACAUAUGUACUUUCAAGAUUGCAUGGCAACAAAGAUUUUGCAAAUGCAUCAUUCCAUCUAUUGAAACAACACCUUAAUAAUGUUCUUCUAAUUUCAAAGUACAAAGACGCUCAUCUUGUUUUAUCUUACUUUGACACUCUGCCAAAGCCAAACAUUUUUUAAUUUUAUUUUAUUAAGAUAACUUGAAAUCUGCAAACACAAGUAUCAAAAACUCAUUUCACAAUUUAAUCAGAAUUCAGUAGUAAAUUUCAUUCAUCUAUUAUUGAGUCUCACAACAUAGGUUAUCCGUUCCAACUAAAGAAAUCUCAGAUAAAACAAUGAACAACAAAUUAACUGACAAAAUGAAAAUGAAUUGUGUGCAAAAAAAUGAAUCAAACAAAUGUUAUUUCAUCUUUAAACUUAUGUACAAUAAAAAGACAUACAUUUCACUCAAUCUCAAGCUCAGCACUAGUUCGCAUCAGCAUAUUCUCUGAAUCAACCUGUGAAAGCAAAGGACCACCUCCAUCACCAAACCUCAAAUUCUGAUUCUUUGACAACAAACCAAACAAUCCAAAACUCAAAAGCAAGACCAAAAUAGCAUGACCAGUGAACAAUAAUCUCAUCAAAGCCACAGCCCUGAAACCAUCCUCUUCAAGAUCACAACCCAUAUCAGCAUUCUCCUUACCAGGCAAGACCAUUACUUUCUGACACCCUUUGAACCCAAAUGUAUCAGUAUACAAAGACAACCCAGAUUGCAAAAUCCAAGUCCCUUUGAAAACCAACCCAGUAGAUAGCAAAAACUCAGCAAAAAAAGCAGAGGGUUUAACUGAUAAAUAGAAUGAACAACCGGCACAAACAAGGGUCAAUGCUCCUAAUAAAUCAUAAGCCGUGCUACUAAGACCCGUUAAUCCUUUUCCCAUAACAAAAUAUUCAGCUAAAAAAGUCAAACCAGCGAAGAUAAAAACGAAAGCUUCAUUGAUGUAUAAAGGGUCAACGUUUUCUCUGAGUAUGAUCAAAAGGAGGAGUACCCAGAAGAGGAAAACCACCAUAGAUUGCUGGAGAAAUGCGAAUCUGUAAGUUGGGUGUCCUGAUGAAAAAGUCAAGAAGAUGAAAGUUUCGGAGAAGGAGGAUAAGGGUAGAGCUAUGAUGAGGAUGUAAAAGUCGAGAUUUUUCCAUCUGGGUUCUGAGAAAAACCAUGUUUUGGAUUUGUAUAUUGAUGGGGUUUUGAGGUAGAGUGAUGAUGAGCAAAGGAGACGACGGAGACCGGUGGGUAUGAGGAAGAGGAAUGCUGAGAGGUGGGUCGCUAGUGAUGCCAUUUUCUGUUUAGAUUUCUGAAAAUUCUCUACUUUUUAAGGAAUUGGCCUCUAACUUCCAUUUUCAAUCUCUCGAUGUUAAC